UGCAUUCCUUCCAACACUCGACCAGCUCCAGCAAAUAUGGUGAAAGGACGAUUCACCAUCAACCCGUUCCCAGAUCUGAAAUUGUCUCCUUCCGACACAGGGAACCUGAACGAAAUCGCAGGAUCUAUCCUUGAAGCCAAUGUCCAGCGAUACGAGGAUUUCCUCACGAAAGACAACAAGAGAAUCGACCCUGAGCACUGGAAAGUGUUGAAGACCAAGGAGAACACGACAGUGUACACGGCUCGACACCACGAUGUCUACCGUGCCGGCACUCACAAGAACCAAUGUCAUACUGGCCUCCCGUCGUUACUCAGUCUCGGAACGACCGUGGGUUCUUUAGAAGACAUGAUGUUCGGCGUUGUGAACCCUACGCUGGAAAUGAUGCGCAUCAAGGCUUCAUACGUUGAUGAUCUGAGCGGCGCUGCAGUCCUAGCGAACUUGGAAGAGCCGUCGCUACAGGAUCCAUUCCGUUCUUUGGUUGUCAAGUGGAUGGAGAUCGACAUCCCUCUCCACACUACCAGCUUGGUUAAGAACCGUGACUAUGUCUACGUGGAAGCCACGGGGAUGAUGAACUUGUCGAGUGGUGAGCGUGUCGGCUAUCACGUUUUGCACUCAGUAAAUUUCCCUCAGACCCACCAACUCCCAGGCCGAGUCCGUGCCAACAUGUCAAUCUGUGGCAUCUUCCGACAGGUCCGACCUAAUGCGAUCGAAGUCUUCGUCUCCGGUGUCAUGGACCCUGGUGGUGACAUGAUCCGUGUACUGGUUGUGCCCAGUAUCGCUACAGUCUUCCUCUCCACCCUCAAAUAUGCCCACUGCGGACAGAUGAGAAAGCUGUCUUGGAUGCUCGAGAAACGCUACACAGAAGCCAAGGAACUCGGCACUCCGAAUCGAGAACACGUUUGCGUCACCUGUACAGCGCCGAUCACGAACCGAAGGAUCGGAGACUUCGGUAAGAGCAGCAGUACGUGUAAACUCUGCUUCGGCUACGUCUGUCACAACUGCAAGAUCGAGAGGAAGCUGAGCUUUGUGACCCCGGAUCUGCUGCUGGCGCAAAGGAAGGUCACGUUCUGUGCCGUGUGUUUGAACGAUGCAAUCCGCGAAAAUGCCUCCAUAGCUGCGAGAUCGCAGAUCCUUGCCACUGGUGGAGUGGUCAAGUCGUUGCAGAAGCAUUCAGCGGCGUCAAAUGCAUCGACAGUGUCGGGUUAUUCAUCCUCAACGCAUUAGACAUCUCGCUUCUUUCUCUAAAAAGUAGUGGCGUUAUUCGGAUAAAUGAGCUGUUCUUAACAUGAUUUCUGUGUAAUUUU